GAGAGAGAUAGAGGGAGAGAGAGAGAGAGAGAGGGUGAAGAAAAGGUGGGAGAAGAAAAAAGAGGUAAAUAAUCCUAGAGGUAAUAGUCCCAAGGACUGGAGAAGUUAGCGUUCCUCUUCCGGAUUUUUAAUCGCGAAUCUUUUUUUUCGCGAUCUUAAAAAUGUUCUUUUUUGACAAGGCGACUAUCUCCGAUAGUCUUCGAAUAUCUUCAGUGCGAUACAAUCAUAAAGACCGAGCGUGCAUCGCGAUCAUUACAACUAUGUAAUUCCGAAGAUGCCUUUGCUUCGCAAGAUAUAUCAAGAAACGUAAUGCUACGAAUAAUUUUUUGAUAAGUAAAAGCGACGAUUAAGAAAAGUACUUUGUAGAAGUGGAUCUCUUCAUAAGCAGUCGUGUUCUUGCACCAACAUCGAUUCUAACAAAAAUUUAAUGUUUAAUCACAGAACUGCAGAAACAUCAGAGAAUCAACGAGUCUGAAGAAGAUCUAUAGCGUUCUGCGAGCAAUGUACGUUGCGGUGUUGAGUUUUGCUUUUAGACGAGCUGAUAAAGAAAUCGUGCAGAGGAGACAGUGAGUCAAUUGCGUGCUAAUAGUCGGUAUCACAAGGUGCAUUAAAAAUCGAGGAGAAAAAGAAAGAGAGAGACACCAAUGAACUACUUGACUUUGUUGUCAGUUUGAAGAAGGUGAUAUUUUGUCGUGAUUCCGUGUGAUUCCAUCGAUUACCAGUGUACAAAGCAGAAGCAAAGAAGAAGCAGACACGAUCGGUAAUCUUCGAGUGUGCAGAGGGGAUGGAGAUGCGCCCCGUUCUCGUGGCGACCUGCCUCUUCCUUGUCACUCCUAUCACCGGUUCUUUUUGGACCGUAGGAAGUCAAUUGGUGAUGGACCCAAUGCUUGUCUGCAAAAAAACGAGGAGGCUAAAAGGAAAGCUUGCUGACAUUUGUCGCAAAGAACCGUCUCUCUUAAAAGAAAUUGCGAAAGGUAUUCAAGUAGGAACUAAGGAAUGUCAAUAUCAAUUCCGAAAUCGAAGAUGGAAUUGCACGACUAUCAGAAGAUCGCUCAAGAAAAUUCUGCUUCAUGAUACGCGGGAGACGAGUUUUGUGAACGCCAUCACCGCCGCCGGAGUUACUUAUGCGGUUACCAGAGCCUGCACUAUGGGUGAUCUCAUGGAAUGUUCUUGCGAUAAGAUGAUGUCAAAAGGUAACCGCUUGGCUAAAUUUACGCAUACAGUCGAAGCCAAAAAAACUUUGCCAACAGAGGGAGAUUGGGAAUGGGGAGGGUGCGGUGAUAACGUGAAUUUUGGCUUCAAAAAAUCUCGAGAUUUUAUGGACACACCGUAUCGUAAACGCGCUGACAUUAAAACUUUGUUAAAGCUUCAUAAUAACGAUGCCGGACGUCUGGCUGUGCGCAACUUCAUGAGGACCGAGUGUAAGUGUCACGGGCUUUCUGGUUCCUGUACCGUGCGCACUUGUUGGCGCAAAAUGCCACCGUUCCGGGAAGUCGGUAAUCGCUUAAAAGAGUCUUUCGAUGGUGCGGCCAAAGUCAUUCCCAGCAAUGACGGUCAUAGCUUCAUGACCGAAGGUCCAACGAUAAAACCGCCCGGUAGAUUUGAUCUGAUAUAUAGCGAGGAUUCGCCGGACUUUUGUAAACCCAAUCGGAAAACUGGUUCGUUGGGGACGACAGGUCGUCAGUGCAAUGCGACUAGUCCUGGGAUCGAGGGCUGUGAGCUCCUCUGCUGCGGCAGAGGUUACGAUACCAGAAUCGUCAAGGAAAAAAUCAAUUGUCAGUGCAGGUUCCGAUGGUGUUGCGAAGUCACGUGCAAUACAUGCCUCGUCAAGAAGACCAUUAACACUUGCCGCUAGUGACAAUGUAAGUUUAGAACUUUCGUAUAGUACCAAGAGAUGUCAGAAAGAAAAUCAGACUGACGCGACAGCUAGUUUUGCAUGUUGUAUAGAGUUAUAUAGAGAAGACUGAAAAAAUAAUGUCGAGAAAAAUAAUUUAUAUUUGUUGUGCAAGUCUCAUCAUAAAUAUGAGUGCCAUAGAGAUAAAUCAGAAAGUUAUAUAAUUUAAGUUACAAUAGUAAAAAUUCAUCUCUGCACACUUUGUAUCUUUGUUAACAAUAAAAAAAGACAAAAAUAUUUAGCACAAGCAAGGUUAUUUUUGAUGGUAUGUGUUAGUCAUCUAAUAACAGUUAAUUAUUUAAUAUCAGUUGUUGUGACAUAUAAGCAUUUAUCAAUAUGUACAUGUAUACAUAUUCAUUACCCACACAGAACAAAAACUCCAUUAGACGUCUAUUAGACGUCGACAGCUCCAUGUGAUAUCUAAUAGACGUCUAAUGGAUGUCUGGAUGGAUAGAUGUCUGUGUAGGUUAGUAUUGAUAUGUUUAGAGUGUUUAGUUCAUUACAAUUAAAUUUUUUUACUUUUUUGUUAUAUUAUCGAUGUUUGAUUCACAAGUUUGAUUCAGUUAUUUCUUCUUCAUAAUCCGAUCGUGAUAUAAUUUUCUAUAAUACACAAUAUAGUAUUUGUAAUAUAUGUAUUUACACACUAUUUCUAGAAUAGAAUAUAAUCGUGAAUAUUCAAUGACGACUGUUCAGAUAUGUGAUUUAUGAUUUAUCGCAACCGUAUAAAUCUGGAUUAAAUUUACGUACUAUUUUAACAUAGUUUACGUAUUUACGUAUUAUUCUAACAUAUUUUAUAAGAGAGAUGUACACAGUGCUUUCUAUAUAAAAAGUAUAUCUCGAUAAAGGCGAUACGCAAACGCGUCGGGAAAUAGGAUUGAGAACUUCAGUAGUGCAUGCACGAGCCAAGUCAGACACGAGUCGCAACUAAUCGUAAUUCGCGCGUUUUACGAGAUAGUGUGUAUCUUUGACACAUCUAUGAAUAAUGGCACAUGGCUUUCACAUUUAUACUAACUAAAAUAAAUACUAUCUCAAAAUACUAAGUUACUUCCAUAGUGAAAGAAUAAAAAUAAAAAUAUAAUAAAGAUAAAGAUGAAAAUAUAAUAGAGAGAACCAAUUGAAUCUCUGCUACAAGUUCAUGCAAAAGAAAAAAUCUUACAUAAUUUAAUAAAUAACCUUAUAAAAGUUAAAUAUACAUUCAACGUAAAUUCGACAAAUAAAGUUAUAACGUUGGCAAUAUAGAUUUUAGUCAAAGAGUGUUAUUAUUAUAAUCAAGGCUGAUUUUUGUUGUCUUUUAGGUGUUUAUUAUUAUAAAAGAUUAAUUUAGGGCAAAGUUACUUAAAUCAAAAGUAGGUUUUUAACUUUAGCGAUAAAUUUUUUUUACAGAUAUCUUAAACUAGUUACACACUUUAUUACAUAAAAAUUGUUUACAAGAUAUACACAUUAUUUUUUAUAUCUGAUGUCUUACUAUGUAGAAUUGAUCCUUGAUGAUAGUUGUUAUCAACGUCGUCUACGAUUUAUUACGUCACACAAGGUGAUUUUGUUUUACUCGGGCUUUCCACGUAUCUCCAGUGCUUGUAAUACAUGUAUUAACUUUUAUUAAGAUGUAUAGUAUACAUUUAUAUAAAAUAUAUUUGUCCAAAAGAAGAAGGGAGAGAAAGAAAAAGUGUUGUUUUUUUCAUUAAUUACAUUCUCGGAAUUUUGUUUUUGCUUUUAUGCAUGCGUAUUCAAUUAUGCUGCUUUUCUCUCGUGUAACAUAUAAUUUUGCUCUGUGCCAUACAAUUCGAUGUUUGUAUAUUGAAAGUAUAGAUAUGCACACACAAGAUUCCUUUGCAAACAAUUACUUUUUAUCAAUUUUUGAGCCUUAAUACUUUACAGAACUUGCUCUUUUACGUAUAUAAGACUGAGAUAUUAAAAUAUGCACUAUUAUAUUGAAAUGUAAGUUUUGUAA